UCUUCAAAACCGCCACUUGUAAUUGCGGUUUGGGACUGGUGGUGCCCUGCAAGUCCCUGGCCUCUCCGCAACUUUUGCCAUGGGUUCUCUCAAAAGAAAAACCCUAGAUGGCUCCUCUGAAGAAGACCUCAACCCUUCUCUAAAACACCAGAAAGAUGGUAACUCUCCACCGCUCCUCUCAAACAAACCCGUAACUUGUCAUCAUGAUGUCUCGUACCCUGAAGGUUUUGUUCGUCGCAGAGGCCCGGAAAAGCCCUUGCCUUUGAAACCGGCAAAGGAAUUUCCCUUUGAGCUUGACCCGUUCCAGCUCGAGUCUAUCAAGUGCCUUGACAAUGGUGAAUCAGUCAUGGUAUCUGCACAUACUUCUGCUGGGAAGACUGUUGUUGCUUUAUAUGCCAUUGCCAUGGCUUUGCAAGACAAACAGCGCGUCAUCUACACAUCUCCAAUUAAGGCACUUAGUAACCAGAAAUUUAGAGAAUUCAAAGAAGAAUUCUCUGAUGUUGGUCUGAUGACUGGGGAUGUAACAAUUGAACCAAAUGCCUCUUGCUUGGUCAUGACUACCGAAAUUUGGCGUAGUAUGCAGUACAAGGGAUCCGAGAUUAUUCGGGAGGUAUCCUGGAUUAUUUUUGAUGAGGUGCAUUACAUGCGUGAUAGAGAAAGAGGGGUGGUUUGGGAAGAAAGCAUAGUCAUGGCUCCAAAGAACUCUCGUUUUGUGUUCCUUUCAGCAACAGUGCCUAAUGCCAAGGAAUUUGCGGAUUGGGUUGCAAAGGUACACCAGCAACCAUGUCAUAUAGUUUAUACAGAUUAUCGGCCUACCCCUCUCCAGCAUUAUAUCUUUCCUUCAGGGGGGACUGGUCUAUACUUGGUAGUAGAUGAGAACGGAAAAUUUCGAGAGGACAGCUUUCAAAAAGCUUUAAAUGCACUUGUUCCAGCCAGAGAAGGUGGGGAAAGGAAAAAGGAGAAUGGUAAGUGGCAAAAGGGAUUUUUAACACGUAAGGCUGGUGAAGAAAGCGACAUUUUCAAGAUGGUGAAAAUGAUAAUGCAACGACAGUAUGAUCCAGUGAUCCUCUUCAGCUUUAGCAAAAGGGAAUGUGAGCUUCUUGCAAUGCAGAUGGCUAAGAUGGACUUGUGUGAUGAAAAUGAGAAACAGCUGACAGAGAAUAUUUUUUGGAGUGCUAUGGAUCUUCUUUCAGAUGAUGAUAAGAAACUUCCUCAGGUAUCGAACAUACUACCCCUGCUUAAACGUGGUAUAGGUGUUCACCAUUCUGGGUUGCUACCAAUUUUAAAAGAGGUGAUUGAGAUACUCUUUCAAGAAGGCCUUAUCAAGUGCUUGUUUGCCACAGAAACCUUCAGUAUAGGUUUGAACAUGCCUGCGAAGACCGUUGUUUUCACUAAUGUGCGCAAAUUUGAUGGGGACAAGUUUAGAUGGCUUUCUAGUGGAGAAUAUAUACAGAUGAGUGGGCGUGCUGGUCGUCGUGGUCUUGAUGAACGUGGUAUUUGUAUUCUCAUGGUGGAUGAGAAAUUGGAACCAUCUACAGCUAAGACGAUGGUAAAAGGAAGUGCUGAUUGCUUGAACAGCGCCUUCCAUCUAAGUUACAAUAUGCUGUUGAAUCAAAUGCGUUGUGAAGAUGGUAAUCCUGAAAAUUUGCUGAGGAACUCUUUCUAUCAGUUCCAGUCUGACCGUGCUCUUCCUGAUCUUGAGAAACAAGUGAAGGUUCUUGAAGAGGAGAGAGACUCAAUUGUGAUUGAGGAGGAAGAGAAGUUGAAGGGCUAUUAUUCCCUUAUCCAGCAGUACAAGAGUUUAAAGAAAGACAUUAGGGAUAUUACCCUUUCUCCCAAGUAUUCUCUGCCCUUCAUGCAGCCUGGAAGGCUUGUGCGUAUCCAAUGCGCAAGGAGUGAUACAAGAGUCUCAUAUUUUUCUGUUGAGGACCAAGUUACAUGGGGUGUGAUUGUAAAUUUUGAGAGGGUGAUACAUUCGGCAGAUGGUCAUACGAAUUUAAAACCUGAGGAUGAUCAAUAUACAAUUGACGUUCUUACAAGGUGUGUUGCCAACAAGGAAGGAUCUGGCAAGAAAACUGUUAAAAUUGUUCCUUUAAAAGAGCCAGGGGAACCUCUUGUCGUGUCUAUACCCAUUACUCAGCUGGAUAGCUUUAGCUGUGCAUGUAUAGCAAAUAUGCCCAAGGAUCUUUUGCCUUUGGAAGCACGGGAACAUACCCUAAAGAAGAUAUCAGAAAUCCUUGCUAGGUUUCCUGAUGGAGUGCCUCUUUUGGACCCAAAAGAGGACAUGAAUGUUCACAGUAGUUCAUAUGAUAAGGCAGUUAGGCGAGUUGAGACCCUGGAGGGGUUAAUAGAGAAGCAUGAACUUACUACGUCUCCUCUUCUCCGACAAAAGCUUGCAGUUUUACAUGAGAAACAAGAACUGACAGCCAAAAUUAAGUUGACUCGAAAAGCAUUGCGGUCCUCCACAGCAUUAGCUUUCAAGGAUGAACUCAAAGCGCGGAAACGGGUUCUUCGAAGACUUGGUUAUGCGACGAGUGAUGAUGUGGUUGAGCUGAAGGGGAAGGUGGCAUGUGAGAUCAGCAGUGCCGAAGAGUUGACAUUGACUGAACUAAUGUUCAGUGGGGUGCUCAAGGAUGUGAGCGUGGAGCAGUUGGUGGCCCUUCUCUCGUGCUUUGUUUGGACCGAAAAGCUCAAGGACAUGCCGAAGCCCAGGGAAGAGCUUGAAAUGCUCUACUCUCAGCUCCAAGACACAGCCAGGAGAGUUGCCAAAGUCCAGCUGGAAUGCAAGAUUCAGAUCGAUGUGGAAGAUUUUGUUAAUUCAUUCCGGCCCGAUAUAAUGGAGGUGGUCUACGCAUGGGCAAAAGGCUCAAAAUUCUACGAGAUAAUGGAGAUAACGCAGGUGUUUGAGGGGAGCCUUAUAAGGGCAAUCAGAAGGCUUGAAGAGGUUUUGCAACAAUUGAUUGAAGCCACCAAAUCCAUCGGCGAAACCGAACUCGAGGCCAAGUUUGAGGAUGCAGUCUCCAAGAUCAAGCGCGAUAUUGUUUUCGCCGCAUCCUUGUAUUUGUAAUUUGUGAAGAGAGGGUGGGUGGCAAAGACGGAUCUGUUUUGAAGCAGCUGAACGUCGAGUUUUACAUUGUAUGCGUUGAGGAAAUGCCCGAGAUUUGGAAACUCUCUCUCUUAUUGUUAGUUUGACUGUAGGACUCACUCUCACAUUGGUAGUUCAGCUGUAGAACACACUCUCUCUAGCUAAGGAAAGGUUUUGGGGGAGAAAAUAUAGGUGGCAGGUACUAAACACAGUAUGUUCGUAAGUUCGUUAAAUUGAUAAAAUAUAAGCGUUGUAAACUGUUUUGGAUUCUUAUAUUACAAGUGGUGGAGUGGUAUCAUUGGGCUUAGAGAAACAAAUG